AUGCACGAGGCAGCAUCUGGUAUGAAGUGGGAUCUGCCCAACUUCAUGUGCUCCAUCACUUCCUUCACAUUUUUCUCCACAAUCUACACCAGCUCCUUGCUGCUGAUGGCAGUCAGUGUGAUCCGCUACAUAGGAGUAGCAUUUCCUAUCACCUAUCAUCUACUGCAGAAACCUGUGUAUGCAAUUGUUAUCAGUGUUGCUGUUUGGCUCAUCUCAUCAGCACACUGCAGUAUCAUUUUCAUCAUCCAGCAUCACCCAUCUCUGGCCAGUAAUAACUCCAAUGCGUGUUAUGAACAGUUUUCAGAGAAGCAGUUGGAGAUCCUCCUCCCAGUACGUCUGGAGAUUUUCUUUGUACUCUGCCUCAUACCGCUUCUUAUUUGUGUUUACUGCUCCUUGCGCUGCAUCUCGAUUCUGUACAGCCUAUCCGGGAUAUCCCAGAUGCAGAAACAGAAGGCCAUUGGCAUGGCCUCAGGGACUCUUGCUGUGUUCCUUAUUUGUGUCCUGCCAUUCAGUUUAUCUCAUUUAGUGGGUUACAUCCAGGGACUAAGUCCAGAGUGGAGGUACUACAUGUUGCUUCUGAGCUGUUUCAACACCUGUAUCGAUCCCAUCAUCUUCUACUCUUCCUCGUCUACCUUUCGCUUCUCAAGUGAAACAUUCAUUUUUAGGAAGUGGUUCACUUUUUUAGGACUGAAAAGGAACAACAGCACCACUAACUAA